AUUUUCUAUUAAAACGGUAAAAGAAAAAAAAGAAUUCCAGGAAUAUAUGCAUUACAUAGAAAAACCUCAGAGCCCUCGAUAGAGUUGAUACGAUGGCGAGACGAUUCGACGAUGAAGAAGGCGAUGACGUUGAAGAGGAAGAAUAUGAAGACGAGGAAGAACAGUUAUUGGAAGACGAGGAUUACGACGUCGACGAAGAUGUAGGGAGAGGCCGUGGAGGUUCGAGUAAGAAGCGCGGUAGAUCUGAUUUCAUCGAUGACUUGGCCGACGAUGACGAUGAAGACGAUGACGAUGAGGUUUAUGGCGGUGGUGGUGGCCGCGGGAAACGACACAAGGCUCCUCGUGAUGGGUCUCAGUUUUUUGACCUCGAAGCACAGGUUGAUAGCGACGAAGAAGAGGAAGAGGAUGAAGGGGAAGAUGGCUUCAUAGUUGAAAGUGGAGCUGAUAUACCUGAUGAAGACAUUGGUAGAAGGAUGCAUCGUCGCCCAUUACCUCUUCGGGAGGAUGAACAAGAAGACGUUGAAGCUCUUGAGAGAAGCAUUCAAGCUAGGUAUGCAAGAUCAAGUCAUGCAGAAUAUGAUGAGGAGACCACUGAUGUGGAACAGCAAGCACUUUUGCCAUCAGUAAGAGAUCCAAAGUUAUGGAUGGUGAAAUGUGCAAUUGGUCGUGAACGAGAGACAGCAGUUUGCCUCAUGCAGAAAUACAUUGAUAGAGGAUCUGAUUUGCAAAUCAGGUCUGUUAUUGCCCUUGAUCACCUGAAAAAUUAUAUUUAUAUCGAAGCGGACAAGGAAGCUCAUGUGAGGGAGGUAUGCUAUCAAGGUCAACGCAAUAUUUUCGGUGCAAAGAUUAUGCUUGUUCCAAUAAGGGAAAUGACUGAUGUUUUAUCAGUUGAAAGCAAAGGAGUAGAUCUUUCAAGAGAUACCUGGGUUAGAAUGAAGAUUGGGACAUAUAAGGGUGAUCUUGCUCAAGUUGUUGACGUGGAUGACAUACGACAAAGAGUCACUGUGAAACUGAUCCCUAGGAUUGACUUACAAGCCCUUGCAAAUAAAUUGGAAGGAAGAGAAGUUCCAAAGAAGAAGGCUUUUGUCCCUCCUCCUCGUUUAAUGAAUGUUGAUGAAGCUAGGGAACUUCAUAUUCGUGUAGAGCACAGGCGAGAUCCGCUGACUGGUGAUUACUUUGACUAUAUUGGUGCCAUGAUGUUCAAACAUGGGUUCUUGUACAAAACAGUGUCAAUGAAGUCAAUUAGUGCUCAGAACAUAAAACCAACUUUUGAUGAACUUGAAAAAUUUCGGACACCUAGUGUGAAAGGAGAAGCUGAAAUGGCUGGUUUGUCAACUUUGUUUGCCAAUAGGAAGAAAGGCCAUUUCAUGAAGGGUGAUGCUGUUAUUGUUGUCAAGGGAGAUCUGAAAAGUUUAAAAGGAUGGGUUGAAAAGGUUGAGGAAGAGAAUGUCCACAUCAGACCAGAAAUGAAAGGUCUUCCUAAAACUCUCGCUGUUAAUGAAAAAGAGCUUUGUAAGUACUUUGAGCCUGGGAAUCAUGUGAAGGUUGUGGCUGGGACAAAGGAAGGUGCAACUGGUAUGGUUGUCAAGGUUGAGCAGCAUGUGCUCAUCAUUUUAUCUGAUACAACCAAAGAACAUAUUCGUGUUUUUGCUGAUGACGUUGUUGAGAGCUCUGAAGUAACUACUGGUGUUACACAAAUUGGGGAGUAUGAGCUUCGUGAUCUUGUGCUACUAGAUAACAAUAGCUUUGGUGUAAUUAUACGUGUAGAAAGGGAAGCAUUUCAGGUUCUUAAGGGGGUUCCAGAGAGACCAGAGGUAUCUCUGGUCAAAUUAAGGGAAAUCAAAUGCAAGCUUGAGAAGAAAUUUGAUGUACAAGACAAAUAUAGGAACACAGUUUCUGUGAAAGAUGUGGUUAGGGUCCUUGAGGGUUCUUGUAAAGGGAAACAAGGUCCUGUAGAGCAUAUAUACAAAGGAAUCUUGUUUGUGUAUGACCGUCACCACCUCGAGCAUGCUGGCUUUAUAUGUGCUAAAGCUGGUUCUUGCUGUGUAGUGGGAGGAUCACGUUCCAAUGGGGACAGAAAUGGUGAUUCUUUCUCAAGAUUUGGCAGCUUCAAGACUCCACCCCGCGUACCACCUUCACCAAGGAGAUUUUCUCGGGGAGGUCCUCCAUUUGAUUCUGGAGGAAGGCACAGGGGUGGAAGAGGAGGGCAUGAUGCUUUGGUUGGUACUACUGUGAAGAUUCGACAGGGCCCUUACAAGGGUUACCGUGGACGUGUUGUAGAUAUUAAAGGUCCAUCAGUUCGAGUUGAGUUGGAGUCUCAAAUGAAGGUUGUUACAGUUGAUCGCAAUUUUGUAUCUGAUAAUGUUGUUGUUUCAACACCCCCCCACCGUGAUACAUCCCGAUAUGGUAUGGGAAGUGAAACACCUAUGCGUUCUUCACGAACUCCAUUGCAUCCAUACAUGACUCCUAUGAGAGAUCCUGGAGCAACGCCUAUCCAUGAUGGCAUGAGAACACCCAUGCGUGACAGGGCCUGGAAUCCUUAUGCACCAAUGAGCCCACCCAGGGAUAAUUGGGAAGAAGGAAACCCUGCCUCUUGGGGAACUAGUCCACAGUAUCAGCCAGGAAGUCCUUCAAGGGCAUAUGAAGCACCUACUCCCGGUUCAGGUUGGGCUAGCACUCCUGGCGGUAGUUACAGUGAGGCUGGAACACCAAGAGAUAGUGGUUCAGCUUAUGCCAAUGCUCCAAGUCCUUAUAUGCCGUCAACUCCAAGCGGUCAGCCUAUGACACCAAGCUCAGGACCCUAUAUUCCGGGUACACCUGGAGGGCAGCCAAUGACACCAGGAACUGGCCUUGAUGCUAUGUCUCCCGUAAUAGGUCCUGAGAGUGAAGGACCAUGGUUCAUGCCAGAUAUUUUGGUCAAUGUGCACAAAUCUGGAGAUGAGACUCAUGGAGUUAUCCAGGAGGUUCUUCCGGAUGGUUCUUGUAAGGUGGCUCUCGGGUCAAGUGGCAGCAGUGAUGCAAUAAUUGCCUUGCCAAGUGAGAUGGAAAUUGUACCACCAAAGAAAUCGGACAAGAUCAAAAUCAUGGGUGGGUCACUACGCGGUCUUACUGGCAAGUUAAUCGGUGUAGAUGGCACGGAUGGCAUCGUAAGGAUAGAUGACAGUCUUGAUGUCAAGAUAUUGGACUUAGUUAUACUAGCUAAAUUACUUUGAUUAAGAAAUAAAGUGUUGAGUGGGUUUUGAGUAAAUUUUGUUUGGAAUUCAUGCUGUCGUAGCUUUUCUCCAUCUUUGUACGUGCAUAUAGAAAAGCUUUCAUGUC